UGGCGCCGGCACACACAAAGGGAGAGGGGAGAGCGAGAACCACACGCACGCACGCACGCACGCAGCCACAACAGGGGAGAGAUUGCGAGCGCGAUGGCCGCCUCCACCUCCGCCGCCGCCGCCGGGGACGAGCCGUGCCGCUGCCAUGUCGUGGCGGUGCCGUUUCCGGGGCGCGGGCACGUGAACGCCAUGAUGAACCUGAGCCGGCUCCUCGCCGCGCGGGGCGCCGCCACGGUCACCUUCGUAGUCACCGAGGAGUGGCUCGGCCUCCUCUCCUCCUCCUCCGCGCCGCCCGGCGUGCGGCUGCGCGCCAUCCCCAACGUCAUCCCCUCCGAGAACGGCCGCGCCGCCGACCACGCGGGCUUCCUCGACGCCGUCGGCGCCAGGAUGGAGGCGCCCUUCGAGCGACUGCUCGACCGGCUCCGGCUCGAGGAGGAGGAGGAGACAGCGGCGCCCGUCGCGGCGUUCGUGGCCGACUUCUACGUGCCGUGGGUCGUGGACGUCGGCAACCGGAGGGGCGUGCCCGUCUGCUCCCUCUUCCCCAUGGCCGCCGUGUUCUUCUCCGCCUACUACCACUUCGACAGCCUCCCGUCGUGGCUCGCUAAACCGCCGCACCAGCCGGUCGCCGGUGCCACAACAGCAGAUAACCCUGAUCAGAGACUUGAGCACUAUAUCUCAAGCUUGGCUUCAAGUUCAAUAAUGUUAUCUGAUCUCAAGCCUUUAAUUCACAGUGAGAGAACAGUGGAGUAUAUCCUAGCAUGUAUCUCUAGCAUCAGAAAAGCACAGUGCCUCCUAUUCACCACCAUAUAUGAGCUUGAGGCCAGUGUAAUCGACUCUCUUGAAUCAUUAGUCACCUGCCCAGUGUACCCAAUUGGGCCCUGCAUUCCGUAUAUGACCCUUGAAAACGAGCAUACCAAGUCCAAUGGAGAAGCUCCUGGACGGAUAGAUUACUUCGCGUGGCUGGAUUGUCAACCUGAGAACUCAGUGCUAUAUGUUUCUCUUGGCAGUUUUGUCUCGGUGUCAUCCUCUCAGCUUGAUGAGAUCGCCUUGGGCCUUGCCACAAGUGAGGUCAGAUUCUUGUGGAUUCUUCGUGAACAAUCCACUCGAGUGCGAGAACUUGUCGGUAACACCAACAAGGGCAUGAUACUUCCAUGGUGUGAUCAGCUGAAGGUUCUGUGCCACCCUUCAGUCGGGGGCUUCCUGACCCAUUGUGGAAUGAACUCGACGCUGGAAGCUGUCUUUGCUGGGGUACCUAUGCUCACCUUACCAUUGUUCUUUGAUCAACCAAUUAAUGGCCGGCUAAUUGUGGAAGAGUGGAAGAUUGGAGUGAACUUGAGGGACUCGACAGACAAGGAUCGCCUGAUCAGAAGGGAGGAGAUUGCAAGGGCUGUUAAGAGGCUGAUGGCAUCUGAAGAAGCUGAGAUGAAAGCAAUAAGGAGGCACGCUCUUGAGUGGAAAGAGAUUUCUCAUAGAGCAGUCGACAAGGGUGUAUCUUCGCAUUGUAAUCUGGCUUCACUGAUGGAGAUGAUAUGCCCAUCAAGAUGAACGCCAGUAUUUUGAAUGUGCCGAUGAAAGUCUAAUUAAUGUAUCAUUUGUUUAACCUUAUUCGAAUUACUCUAUUAUAACCAUAUCUUGCUCUAUACUUAAUUCAUUUUUAUAAAUCUUAUAUGUGAGUUGAAAAUUA